AUGCCGCAAUCUUCCAACCGCAAUGACGCUGCAAACGAUGGCCUUUACUUCCAAAGCGACAUACUAGCCUCUACACCGUAUACUCACGCACAAUUUCACGCAUCUAUCUCAGAUGCUACCAACUCCAGUGAUAUUGGCUUUACUCCCAAUGAUACUGCGAUGCCACCGCCACUCUCAGGUUCAGUAGAUCCCAUUAGCAAACGCCAGAAGUAUGAUUUUCCUGCAGAUUUGGAUACAGGCUCGCCAUUACCUUAUAGUCCAUAUCCAGUCAUGCCUCUGACACCAUUGUCAGUCGGUUCUGAAGGGAACGUUGUGAAGACAUCAUUGACACCACAAAACUCCGCACAGUCACCGCCCGAUUUACGUCGUGUGUCAGUCCAGUCCCUGAUCAAUGAUCUUCCAAAGAAGAGGCCAGGUCCAUCCAACGUGGGGGCUGAGCGGGGUCGACAGUAUCCAAUUGCUGAUUCUGCUUUCACGACCUACGGCUAUGACCUGGGACUCCCUGACACCGAUACUCCGAGGAAUAACGACUUUUCGGCUAUUGCUAUAUUCAGUCCACAGAGUGACACAAUGGGCUUUGGUGACGACACACCGUAUGGUAGUGCAGAGCCCUACGGCAAGGAUAUGGCCUUCGAGAGUGGAGGAUAUUACGCAAAGCCGGUUCCGAUCAGGAUUUCAAAAUCUCUUGAGCCGCUACCGCCUUUGCUUAUGGAGAAUCAGAUGAACCUCUUGUACUUCCAUCAUUUUAUCAACCAUACAGCGCGUGUCCUUGUAAACCAUGACUGCGAGCGAAACCCAUUUCGCGAAAUCCUACCAGAGAUGGCUGUACAAGACGAGAACAUAAUGAAUCUUCUCCUCGCAUACAGUGCGGCACACCGCGCACGUAUGCUUAACCAUCCAGAGCCUUCAAAUCGCAUCGCAGUCUGGGUACAAGAUGUGUUUCCUAAACUGCGUGAAGCGCUCAACAACGACCCAAAAGCUAUAUCAGACAGUACUCUAGCAGCAGUCAUAAUGAUGGCAAGUCUGGAGAUCAUAUGUUCGGGUACAUUCGAAGUACCCGUAUCCUGGCAAAACCAUCUAACCAUGGCACGCCAAAUGAUCAUCCAGCGCGGUGGACCGAAGGGAAUGGGCCGGCAUGAUCGUGUGGCAUACUUCCUUUCCCGGUGGUUCGCAUACCUCGACGUUCUCGGCUCAUUGAGUGGGAACAAGAACGACACGCCCCUCGGUUCGUCCUAUUGGUCCAGUGAAAACGCCUCAGCAGACGAAGACUUCGAAAUUGAUUGUCUGAUGGGCUUUACAAUACGUUGCAUAGGAUCCCUCGCCCGUGUUUCCGAACUAGCGAAGCGUUGUGAACCCCGGCGCAUUGACGAAGAAGGCAACGUUAGAGAAGGCUGGAGUCCUAGCCCCGAGGUUGUCGAAGAAGCAGUCAAGAUCCGCCAAGCGCUCGAAGAAGGGGUGCUGGAUCGCAACAUCCGUAAAGGAUGUAACCACCGCUCCAGUACUUCGUCCGAAUCUGAAGGUGCGUGGGACGCAACCGAGAUAUAUGCGACAAAUGAAUUGUAUCAUUGGGCCGGAUUGAUUCACUUGUAUCGUCGUGUUCUAGGUAAGCCGGCCAUGGAUCACGAAGUUCAGCAAGCGGUUCGAGAGAUUGUAGGUCUGUUGUACAAAAUUCGGAGGGGAAGUACAGCAGAAGCUUGUUUGAUCUUCCCAAUGUUUGCUGCUGGAUGCGACGCACAUGAUGAAGGACAGAGAGAGAAGAUCCUGGACCGGUUGAGGAAUGUAGAGGGCUUUGGACUGAACCAUGUGCCCAAGGUCAGUACGCUUAUGAGGCGUGUCUGGGAUACAGGCAAGCCGUGGGAGUCGCUUGUUUCUGGCGAAUUUUUCGGUUGA